AUGGACGGUCCACAAAAACGCCUCUUCGCAGCUCACAAAGACAUCCUUUGCGUAUCCCCAUUCUUCGCCGCAGCAUAUACCCAAGCACAGCCGUCGGACUCUCCUAACAGACGAGUGAAUCUUCCCGAUGAGCAACCGGAAGUCUUUUCGUGUAUUCUCGAGUACCUCUACAAGGGCGAUUAUUACCCCCAGCUGGUGCACAACAAGCAAUUAAAUUCCUGGGAAUUGGAAGAUACGGGAACCGAUAAGGAUGGCCAGAGUAAUGGGGCGACUUUGUUUCAUCAUGCUGCUGGAGCGGAGAUACUGAGGGAUACGGCUGUUUAG